CUGAUCAUCACUAAACAACCAACAAAGAGCGCUGUGUCAGUCCUAAGGGAGAGCGAUCGACUUUGCCCAGAAAUCCUAACCGAUCAAUAUGGGACAGAACCAGGAAAAAAUUGAAGGAGGAGAACAGAAUAUUGAUGAGAACCUGGAAGAAACUAAGAUAUCUCAAGAAUUUGGGUUGAAUGCUCAUUCAGGUGAGAUCACAGAGGAAGAAAGUUCAUGCGACGACGAGGAUGGGAAAAAGUCAGAUGAGCCACACUGUUAUCAUCCAAAUGAGAGGCCCAGCUAUGAACCGACAAUAACUUCCAUUGAGAGGCACGAGUGUGAGAGUCAGUACACUCCAAGGGAGGUGAGACAGGGAGGGGCUGCAGAAAAGGAGGGCGGAGGUGAACAAGGAGGAGGAGGCUGGACUGCUCCUCUGUCUCCACAUGAGACUGAAAAGAACCCAGACAGUACCUCAGGAACAGACAGGCUUAAAACAACACACAGAUUAUCUAAAAUUAACAAAAGCAAGAGGAAAACUGCAGAUCACCUUCGAGCAUCUGCAAAGAUCAGGAUGGAGCAACAGGCGGAGGAAACUUCCACACAAAAAGAUGACAAAUCAGAGGAUGCAAGCUCUUUUGGACACUCUGAGCAAGACUCUAUGAUGCUGAAGAACUGCACCUAUGGAGCUCAUACAGGAAGUGAGUCACUACUUGUUGUGGACCUGAAUGAAAUUAUUAGAGCUGAAGCUGGAAAUGAGGAAAUUAAGCUCUGCACAGGAACAGUCGGCGAUUUAACUGAGAGGAAGGAACCGCCUCCAGCUCAGCCCCCACAUCCUUUGGAAAACACUCUCCAGAAAGAGUCUUUAUUGUACAGGGGCGAUACCAUUCAAAGGGUAACCCCAAAGGAGAAAACAGACAUCAGUGAAAAAGAAGUAACACUAAAAUAUGUUUUGGGUGACUGCUCUUUAGCUAGGCCAAAGGUAACUAAUGUGUGUGACCAGGAGACAGAGAUGCAGCCUUCACUCCCUGACACAGCUGAAACUAAUGAUGCAACAACAUCAGAGUCAGCACCAACUGCAGCCUUGGAUACUGAGCCAAGCUCUAUUCUAGAGAAGCUCCUGAAGAGAAACAAAACAGAGGCAACUCCAUCUCUGGAUAAAAUAAAAGAGGUUUAUACCGACACAACCGAUGAGGAGAAGAUCCUUAAUACCACAUCAGCAGCAGCAUUAACCACCUGGAACAAUCAGCCUGAAGGUGACACAAAAAUGACUCUAAGCAAACAACCUGAUCCAAAUCCUGCAUUAAAAGAUUCCCACGAUGAGAAGAUGGAUGUGAAACAGACCGUGGCGGCUCAAAUUACAACCUCAGAUUCAGUUUGUUUUCAGCCUGCAACCAGCGGUGAUGCUACGUGUGAUAGCUCACUAACUGAAUCACAUUACCCAGGAGCUAAGAACAUCGAUUCAAAAGAUGAUUCAGUGAAGGCAGAUGCUGAGAUAAGGUCAAACACAGGCCCCUCUGAGAGCAUGUCUUCAAACAGCCCACAAUCAGCUGUUUUACAUGAGACAACAUCAUGUGAGCAGAGCGGUGAGAUCGUUGAGGAAUCCAGACUUUCCUCGGCUGAGUCAACAGAGAACGGUGGGGAAAUUAACUCCUCUAAGACACUUAAUGAGGAGAAGACUGAUGCCAAUGGAGAACCUUCAGCAGUUAAGAGUGAAACCAAAACCAAAACAUCUGGCUCUGACGGAGCAGAUACUCUAUUAGGAGACAGGCAGGUAGCAAAAGAGGGCCCUGAAGAUGUGGCUGCACCACCUGCUGAUGCUGGUGCACCUUUGGUUGAUGGGUUGGUUAUCACACAAGAAAUCAGCCAGAUCCCAGCCAGCACACAACCGGAUCGCAACUCAGAAAAUGUUCCAGCAGAGGGAACUGAGAGAGAUGGUGUCUCAAUGAGAGACAAGUCCCAGAGCCCACCAAGACCCAGGCCUGUUUCUGACCUCAUAAAAGAGACGAUUCAGCUGCAUGAGAAGUUGCAGCACCAUGAUCGACCCAAACUAGCAGAAGUUAAGUCUGCGGAGGAGCUGGCCCAAUCCGUGAAGGUGGCGCAGAUGAAAGCAGCUUUUGAUUCGCCUCAAAAAUCCCCAGACAAGACAGUCGAGAGGAAGCCAUCAGUGAGGAGAGGUAAGAGAAUCCACAUUAGGGUAACCACCAUGCAGUGA